AUGGCUACGGAAAAUAUCAAGGGUGAACAACAAAAACGUUUAGAAGCACGAAAAACUUAUAUUGAACAACAUAUCAAACCAUUGCCAGAUUUUGCAUCACAGAGUGAUGCAAAUAUAUUGGCAUAUUGUAAAGAAUUACAACAACAAUUGCAACAACAUGAAGAAACACGCUAUGAUUUCGAAAUUAAAAUUCGUAAACAAGAUUAUGAUAUCAACGAAUUAACAAUAAAAAUAAAUGAUAUCAAGGGCAAGUUUGUUAAACCAUCAUUGAAAAAAGUAUCAAAAACUGAACAAAAGUAUGUGACGAAAAUUU